CAACUCUCCAUUUUAACUCCGUAAAGGAGUAAUAUAUAAAAGACGGAGAUAUACUUCAGGAAAUUGAUGUAAUUAUGAAAACUAAAGGGGUUUAUUUCGUAAUUACACCUUACCUGAAGGGGGUGGUUGUAAUUUAACCCAACUUAUUAAUGUAGGAUUAUUUUCUUUUUUCGCUCUAUUGCCCAAAUUCGGCCUAGGGCUCGCGCAGUAAAGCUCGCCAUAUUUUCUCUCCAAUUCGUUGAUUCAAGGGUACCGGUUGAUGAACGAUGGCUGAAAUAAAGUCAUCCGGUAGAUCGAUUGACCAAUUGCUGGAGAAGGUGCUAUGCAUGAAUAUACUUUCGUCCGAAUAUUUUCGAGACCUUUUGAGAUUGAAAACCUACCAUGAAGUAAUUGACGAGAUUUACGUCACCGUCACGCACGUGGAGCCAUGGAUGACUGGCAACUGUCGAGGGCCCUCGACUGCGUUUUGCCUUCUCUACAAAUUCUUUACCAUGAAACUUACCGUCAAACAAAUGCAUGGCCUUUUGAAGCACCCCGAUUCUCCUUACAUCAGAGCGAUUGGAUUUCUCUACUUAAGGUACGUUGCAGAUCCAAAGACUUUAUGGAGUUGGUAUGAACCAUACCUAAAAGAUGAUGAGGAAUUUUCUCCGGGUUCUAAUGGCCGAACGGCAACAAUGGGCGCGUAUGUAAUUGAUUUGCUUCUUGGACAGUACUACUUCGACACGCUUUUCCCCCGAAUCCCAGUUCCAGUGAUGCGAACUGUAGUAGCGAAUCUCGAGAAAAUGAAGCUGCCCACUAAACACUGCGGAGUCACGGGCGAGUCGACGCGUGGGUCGGAGGAGAGUGCUCGGAGACCACCUUCUGUCAAAGCAUCACUUUCAGUCUCUUUCGGUCAACGGGCCCCACACCGUGCUUCCACUAGGGGCUCCUCUCCAGUCCGCCGCACCUCCACUCCAUCUUACGAUAGAGACGAAAACUCCAGAAGGUCGCCGAACACUCGUCGGAGCCAUAGUCGUGAUUUACCCGAUCGAGAUUAUUCAGACAGGGAUAGAGACAGAGAUAGAGACAGAGAUAGAGACAGGGAUAGGGACAGAGAUAGGGAUAGAGACAGGGAUAGGGACAGAGAUAGAGACAGAGACAGAGAUAGAGAGAGGAGGUACGAUUAUGACAGAAGGUCACGUGAGAGCUAUAGAAAAGAUUACGACAGAAGAGAAGGUAGUUCUCGUCGGAGCAGAAGCAGGAGUCGUAGCAGAAGUCGGAGCAUACAUGAAAACAGUAGACAUGAGCAGAAUAUUCCUAGUACUUCAAGACAUGAAAGCAAGGAAAAGACGUCUGCGUCCAGUAAUUUAGCAAAGCUUAAGGAUUUGUACGGUGAUCUGGGUAGUCAGAAAAAGGACGGAGGCGAAGACAAGGGUGGUCCGAGCAAGCCUAGCGGUACCGAGGAGGUGAUAAGGCUCGGUGGUUCUUCGUGGAGGUAAUAGGGAUUUUUCAUUAUUUUAAAAACGAAAGAAAAUGCACUUUAUUUAUAAUCCUCGUUAUUUACUUUGGUUACUUUAUAUUUCGAACUCGAUAUCGUCAUGGCUGAUAAAUGACGAUGAAUGUAAUAGCCUUGAUAUGUAAUGAAUGAAGAGAUUAUUCGUGUAUAUUUUAAAAACCUUUUUAUUCGAUUUAUUGCCUAUUCGU